GAGUGUGACGCCAAAGCUCCUCGAGUGAAGUCUCGCGGAGUAAAACACCGGCCAUCUUUCUCCAUUUAUAGCAGGACACUUUGUGCUUGGGUAGUGUAACCGAGAGUGUCGCGAUCACUUUGUUUAGCCUGCAACUUUUGGCAAGUUUGAUUUAGUCGUCCAAGCAUACAAACUUACGACAAACCUAACACAAACAAUGUUUGUGUUUACCGCUGCAAAGUUUUUUCGCUGACAUCCUUGUGCGGAUAGAUGCUUGUCUAAACUGUCGCACAAAUGGAAAUGGUGCCUAGCGAGGAGAACCAGUUCGUACCCAAAGAGAUUCAGAAUGCAGCUGAGGAGCCCAGAGUGCUGUGCAUAGUUCAGGACACCACCAGUGCGAAGACGGUCAACGAGAGGCUGACCCUCAACUUGCCUGCCUCCACUACUCUUUCCAAGCUUUACGAGGAUGUUGCCCACAAAGCUGGAUAUGUGCACGGCACUUUUGAGCUUGCCUGGGGAAAUUUUCCUGAAAUGGCUCCACUAGAACAUAAUAGUGAGAUGUCCCUCUCGGAGUCUGGGUUCGAGCCAGGCGGGAAGAGAAAUUUUCUCCAACUUACAGACAAAGAUGGAGAGCAGCCGCAGGUUGUAUCGGACGAAUCGGGGACAGCAGAUAGCAGUGGGCUGGAUGACAGCUCCCAGGAGCGAUUUAUCGGGCCUUUACCGAGGGAUGGAUGUGCGGGCGGCAGCGGGGACUACAGCAGCCCAUCGUACUCGUACUCAUCCAUCCUCAGCAAAUCUGAGACGGGUUACGUUGGCCUGGUGAACCAAGCUAUGACCUGUUAUCUAAACAGCCUUCUGCAAACGCUCUUCAUGACCCCAGAAUUCAGAAAUGCCCUUUACAACUGGGCGUUUGAGGAGUCGGAGGAAGAUCCAGUCACCAGUAUCCCAUACCAGCUGCAAAGGCUGUUUGUCCUGCUGCAGACCAGUAAGAAACGGGCGAUUGAGACCACUGACGUGACGCGGAGCUUUGGCUGGGACAGUAGUGAGGCGUGGCAACAGCAUGACGUCCAGGAGCUGUGCAGAGUUAUGUUUGAUGCCCUGGAGCAGAAGUGGAAGCAGACAGAGCAGGCUGAUCUGAUCAACCAGUUGUACCAGGGGAAGCUGAAGGAUUAUGUCCGUUGUCUGGAAUGUGGCUAUGAGAGCUGGAGAAUUGAUACUUACCUGGACAUCCCUCUUGUCAUCAGACCCUUUGGAGCCAGCCAAGCAUACGGAAGUGUGGAGGAGGCCCUGCAGGCAUUCAUCCAGCCAGAAACUCUGGAUGGACCCAACCAGUACUUCUGCGAGCGGUGCAAAAAGAAAUGCGAUGCUCGAAAGGGUCUCCGAUUCCUGCACUUCCCCUACCUGCUGACGCUACAGCUGAAAAGAUUCGAUUUUGACUACACCACUAUGCAUCGCAUCAAGCUUAAUGACCGCAUGAUUUUCCCCGAUGAGCUGGACAUGAGUCCAUUCAUCGAUGUGGAAGAUGAGAAGUCACCUCAGACAGAGAGCUGCACUGAUAGUGGCGCAGAGAAUGAAGGCAGUUGCCACAGCGACCAAAUGAGCAACGAUUUUUCCACUGACGACUGUGUGGACGAGGGCAUCUGCUUGGACAGCACCAGCAGCACAGAGAGGGCAUUGAAGCCAAAGAGCUUGCUGACCUUUGAGCUGUUUUCUGUCAUGGUCCAUUCGGGUAGUGCUGCUGGGGGCCAUUACUACGCCUGCAUCAAAUCCUUCAGCGACGGCCAGUGGUACAGUUUCAACGAUCAACACGUUAGCAAGAUCACGCAGGAUGACAUCAGGAAGACAUAUGGGGGGUCCUCGGGGAGCAGAGGCUAUUAUUCCAGUGCCUUUGCAAGCUCUACAAAUGCAUAUAUGUUGAUCUAUAGACUGAAAGACCCCUCAAGGAAUGCAAAGUUUUUGGCUGUGGAAGACUUUCCAGUGCACAUAAAGACUUUGGUUCAGAAGGAGAAAGAGUCUGAAGAGCAGGAAAAACGCCAGAGGGAGAUUGAGCGCAACACUUGCAAAAUCAAGCUUUUCUGCAUGCAUCCUGUGAAGAUGAUGCUGGAGAGCAAGCUGGAAGUGCACAAAGACAAAACUCUGAGGGAAGCAACAGAAAUGGCCUACAAGCUGAUGGAGCUUGAGGGAGUCGUCUCUCUGGACUGCUGCCGCUUGGUGAAGUACGAUGAGUUCCACGAGUACCUGGAGCAAUCGUACGAGGGGGAAGAAGACACUCCCAUGGGCCUCCUCCUCGGGGGUGUUAAAUCAUCGUACAUGUUCGACUUGCUGCUGGAGACCCGCAGGCCAGAGCAAGUGUUCCAGCCUUACAAACCGGGAGAGGUCAUGGUGAAAGUUCAUGUUGUUGAUCUGAAGAGUGAGACCAUCGCCCCUCCGAUAAGUGUUCGAGCGUACUUGAACCAGACGAUCACUGAAUUUAAACAGCUCAUUGCACAGGCUACAAAGUUGUCAGCAGAAACCAUGAGAGUGGUCUUGGAGCGCUGCUAUAAUGACCUCAGGCUUCUUUAUGUUCCAAACAAGACACUCAAAGCUGAGGGUUUCUUCAGAAGUAACAAGGUUUUUGUCGAAAGCUCUGAACUGACGGAUCAUCAGGUUGCUUUCACCGAAUCACUGUUGUGGAAACUGCUGGACCGCCACGGGAACACCAUCCGACUUUUAGUCCUGCUGCCAGAGCAGUCUCCCGGUACCCUGGCCAGCAGAACUCUUUGCCAAAAAGCGGGAGAGGACUCCGAUGGGCCCUGUGAGGGGUCAAAGGGUAACAGGAAAUCUGUCGAGGCUAUCCUGGAAGAAAGCACGGAGAAGCUGAAGAACCUGUCUCUGCAGCAGCAGCAGCAGCAGCAGGGCUCUAGCACCAGUGACAGCCAGAAAAGCUCCGACGCCAGCGACUUCGAGCACAUCGAAUCUCCAACCCAAGAGGCCGACUCGAACUCCUCACUCUGCGUGGCCGCGGACAACAGAGAGCUCGAUAAUCGGAUCAGGGCAGCUCCUGGGGGCGCUUGCGGCGCCUCCGCUGAUACUGAGAACCAGUUUGUGUGCGAGGAGCGGUCGGACUCUGAGGUGAACAAUGACCGCAGCACCAGCUCGGUGGACAGUGACAUCCUGAGCUCCAGCCACAGCAGUGACACGCUGUGUAACGCAGACAGCGGCCCCAUCCAGCUGGCCAACGGCCUGGAUUCUCACAGCAUCACAAGUAGCCGGCGCUCCAAAGCCCACGAGGGCAAAAAAGAGACCUGGGACACUGCAGAGGAAGACUCUGGAACAGACAGCGAGUAUGACGACAACGGCAAGAGCAAAGCAGAGGCUCAGUACCUGUACUUCAAAACAGAGCCUUUUUCUCAGGGCGAUGCUCUGUGGGAUGCACAAAAAUGUUUAGUGGUUCAUGUGGACAAGAGAAUUACUCUAGCAGCUUUUAAACAUAACCUGGAACCCUACGUUGGAGUAACCUCGACCCAGUUCAAGGUGUUCCGGGUGUACGCCAACAACCAGGAGUUUGAGAGCGUGCGGCUCAACGAAACCCUCUCGUCAUUUUCCGACGACAACAAGAUAACCAUUCGACUUGGCAGAGCACUGAAAAAGGGCGAAUACAGAGUUAAAGUCUAUCAACUGCUCGUGAAUGAACCCGAGCCCUGCAAGUUCCUUGUAGACACGGUGUUUGCCAAGGGCAUGACUGUCAGACAGUCCAAAGAGGAGCUGCUUCCUCAGUUAAAAGAGCAUUGCAAGUUGGACCUCAGCAUUGACCGGGUUCGUCUCAGGAAAAAGACAUGGAAGAAUCCAGGCACAGUGUUUCUGGAUUACCACGUCUAUGAGGAGGACAUCAGCAUUUCCUCCAACUGGGAGGUCUUCCUGGAAGUCCUUAAUGAACCAGAGAAGAUGAAGUCCAUGUCACAGCUAGCUGUUCUGACUCGGAGGUGGAGCCCAGCUACGAUGAAACUGGGGCCAUUCGAGGAGGUGAUCCUGGAGAGCAGCAGCGUCGAUGAACUCAAGGAUAAGCUUAGUGAAAUCAGCGCUCUUCCUCUGGAGAACCUGGAGUUUGCAAAGGGAAGAGGAACGUUUCCAUGCGACAUAUCUGUGCUGGAGAUCCAUCAGGAUUUAGACUGGAACCCUAAGGUUUCGACGCUUAACGUGUGGCCUCUUUACAUCUGUGACGACGGGGCUGUGGUCUUCUACAGGGACAGCACGGAGGAGCCCCUGGAGCUGUCGGAGGACGAGCGGAACGAAUUAAUGAAGAAGGAGAGCAGCCGUCUGCUGAAGACCGGGCACCGUGUCAGCUACUCCCCACGCAAGGAGAAAGCUCUCAAAAUCUACUUGGACGGUGGCCCCGCGAAAGACCCGGGGCAGGACUGAGUCUCAGAGAAGCCGCAGGUGGUUGUUUAGAUGGUCUGGCUGCUGCAGGAGGGCAGCCGGGCAUCGGGACUCUGAAUGUGGGGCCCGACAGUGACUUGAAAUCGAGCAGCAUUGUGAGGCGGAUGCUUUCUCAACCUCCACUCGGAGCCCCUGGGCUGGCUCAAAAACCCUGUUGUGCACUAUAGUGUAUCGUACUGUAAAGUUUAAAGGGAAGUACAAAAGCUUUUGAUGCAGAAAAAGAAUCAAGACCUGUACUUUACAAAUCAGUGGAAAGUAAUCACGUCGGCUUUGGAUGCAGAGUCCGGACUGUGAAGGCGGUCCGGGAGGCAUCCUUCCUGUUGAUUUAGGUUUCACUUCACCUCUGAAAUCAGCUCCCUUUCACACCCCUCCCUGUGCCCGUGUGUUCAUCUUCCUGUUUUGGACAAAAGCGCUGAUACUGACUCAUCUGUGGCUGUCUUGUAAGUCUAAUGUUCUCACACCUUUUAGCUCUGCUCUGUUGGCGAGAUCACUCAUCUUUCAUUGCCCACCUCCCUAGAACACAUAUUAAAAAAAUGACCAUCCCUUAUUCAAAAAUUACCAAGAACUAUGUAUGCAGCCAUCCUCUUGUGAUGGGCACCUUCUCAGUGACUUUAAAGUGAAAUAAUUAAUUCACAACAAUUGAUUAAUCAAAAAAAGAAAAGAAAAAAGAAGUAGCAGUUAAGAAUUUCUAAUCUGGAGGUGUUUUUCUGCUCCUGGAAUACCCAGAGGUGAGGUGUUAUGGGUUGUCCUGAAAGCUGCUCUCUGUACUGUGUAGGAGCUCCUCCUCAUCACUUCCACCUCACCUAGUGAUGCAUAAGCUGUUCUUCUCCUUAAUAUAAAAUCCAACAAAACAUAACCAAGUAGACUAUGUUAAGAAUUUCCAUGUUUUUUGUUUGCUGUUAAUUUUUUUUUUUUCUCCAGACUUUCAGGUGGGUCUUGAGGGGCUCCAGACACACAACUGCUGUCUGUAUUAUUCUUUGAUUUAGAAAGUGUCUAUCUCUUUUUUCUUUUUUUUUUUGCACCUAGAGAACUGGGUGUACACGUCAAGCAUCAUCCACACGUCCGUGUGUGUGCGUGUGUGUGUGUGUACGCAUGUGUGCUGUG